GAUAACUCCAAAACAAAAAAAAUUAUGGGAAGGGCACAUGUUGUGGUCAUACCGUAUCCAGCACAAGGUCAUGUUCUUCCUCUAUUGAGUUUCUCAGGUUACCUUGCAAAACAAGGAAUCCUAACUACAUUCGUAAACACCGAGUUUAACCACAAUUGCAUCAUCAAUUCCUUAUCCAAUUCAUCUCAUGUUGCGGAUGGCAUCAAUCUUGUUUCGGUCUCCGACGGUUUAGAAGAUUCACCGGAAGAGAGGAACAUUCCAGGGAAGUUGUCUGAAUCGGUUUUGCGUUUUAUGCCUACCAAAGUGGAGGAACUGAUCGAGAGGAUGAUCGCCGGUGGUACGAUCAUAAGCUGUGUUGUAGCGGAUCAGAGCUUGGGAUGGGCCAUCGGAGUUGCGGUUAAGUUUGGGAUCAGACGUGCCACUUUUUGUCCCGCCGCGGCUGCGUCUAUGGUUCUUGGAUUUAGUAUUCAAAAACUAAUCGAUGAUGGUCUCAUAGAUACUGAUGGGACUUCGAGUGUAAAUAAGACAAUUCAACUAUCUCCUGGGAUGCCGAUGAUGGAAACAGACAAGUUUGUGUGGGUUUGUCUGAAGAACAGAGAAUCUCAAAGGAACAUAUUCCAACUUAUGCUUCAAAACAAUGAGACAGUUGAGUUAACGGAUUGGUUUCUGUGUAACUCCGUGUAUGAACUCGAAACGGCAGCGUUUGGAUUGUACCCACAUAUAUUACCAGUUGGUCCCAUUGGGUUGGCUCAUUGUUUUCAAGAGGAUUCCAUUUCCACGUCAUUAGGAAGCUUUUUAUCUCAGGACCGGGAUUGUCUGGAUUGGCUGGACCGGCAGAUUCGAGGUUCGGUGAUAUAUGUUGCCUUUGGGAGUUAUGGAGUUAUCAGCAACAAUCAAGUAGAUGAGCUAGCAACUGGCCUAGAGCUUACCCAGAGGCCAGUCUUGUGGGUCACCGGUCCCGGUGGUCAACAACCAAUCAAACUCUGGUCCGAUCGUGUCAAAGUGGUGAGAUGGGCACCACAACGGGAGGUCCUUUCCUGUGGAGCCAUUGGAUGUUUCGUGAGUCAUUGUGGGUGGAAUUCAACUUUGGAAGGAGCCCAAAAUGGCAUACCUUUCUUAUGCAUACCUUAUUUCGCAGACCAAUUUAUCAACAAAGCAUACAUAUGCGAUGUAUGGAAGACUGGAUUAGGAUUUGAAAGAGAUGGACGAGGAGAGGUUCUGAGGUUAGAGGUGAAGAAGAAGAUCGAUGAGAUCAUGAGAGAGGAUGGAGAGUAUAAAAAACGAGCUACGAUCAUGAAAGAGAUUGUGAUGAAAAGUGUUGCAAAAGAUGGAGUUUCUUAUGAGAAUCUUGAUAAAUUUGUCAACUGGAUCAAAUCACAAGUGAAGUGACAAGGUUUCAGUAGUUCUGCAAUGCAUGUAUGUUAAUACAAUGUUUGUAAGGAAUAUAAAUAAAUACAUUUGAUACAUCAAUGAUUUUUGCAAACGGAAUAAAGAGAGGAAGAAAUGAAAUGCAUACAAUUCAAAUUUCCAACAACUUAUUAGUGUGUGUAUGGGAAAAUUAUGAAGAGAACAAAAAA